AUGGGCGCAAGGGGGGACGCUUUGACGGUGGAGUUUGGGGAAGGGCGGAGUGUUGUGCUGGAGGGAGGAAGGCGAUUGGCGGAGGUGGGGACGUGGGGAAUCGGCGGUCCUGCUGAGUGGCUGGCGGAGGUGACGACCGUUGAUGAGAUGGCGGCGGUACUUAGAAACAGCAAAGCUAUUUGCGCGGUAGUGACAGGCGAGGGCGCCAACUGCCUGUUUCUCAGUCAGGACUUCCCCCCACACAUUCGCGCACUGUGUUCCUGUGCCUCCUCCCCUUCCCCCAUCAAGCGCAGGUUCUGCCACAGCAACGCCAUCCGCGCGCUGGUGAUAGGCAAGGGCUCCAACUGCCUGUUCUGCCACAGCAACGCCAUCCGCGCGCUGGUGAUAGGCAAGGGCUCCAACUGCCUGUUCUGCCACAGCAACGCCAUCCGCGCGCUGGUGAUAGGCAAGGGCUCCAACUGCCUGUUCUGCCACAGCAACGCCAUCCGCGCGCUGGUGAUAGGCAAGGGCUCCAACUGCCUGUUCUGCCACAGCAACGCCAUCCGCGUGCUGGUGAUAGGCAAGGGCUCCAACUGCCUGUUCUGCCACAGCAACGCCAUCCGCGCGCUGGUGAUAGGCAAGGGCUCCAACUGCCUGUUCUGCCACAGCAACGCCAUCCGCGCGCUGGUGAUAGGCAAGGGCUCCAACUGCCUGUUCUGCCACAGCAACGCCAUCCGCGCGCUGGUGAUAGGCAAGGGCUCCAACUGCCUGUUCUGCCACAGCAACGCCAUCCGCGCGCUGGUGAUAGGCAAGGGCUCCAAGUGCCUGUUUGUCAGUUGGGGCGCUAUCUCUUUCCUGUUCUGCCACAGCAACAGCAUCCGUGCGGUGGUGAUAGGCAAGGGCUCCAACUGCCUGUUUGAGGACCGCGGGUUCAAGGGGUGUGUGAUCGUCAACAGAAUCGCCUGUCAUGGUGCUGAGGGGUACGAUGCGGUGGUGCAGGUGGGGGGAGGGUACCCGUUCAACCUGCUGGGCGUGGAGUGCUCGCGAGACGGCCUCUCAGGGCUGGAGUUUGCAGGCGGCAUUCCCGGCACCGUGGGGGGCGCUGUCUUCAUGAACGCUGGGGCGGACGGGCAGGAAACAGCCGACUGUCUGCUCUCUGUGGACGUCCUCUCGUCAACUGGGGAUCUCCUCUCCUUCCCUCGCACCGACCUCACUUUCGCCUACCGCCACUCGCCCUUCCAGCGCAUGCCGGACUGUGCUGCCAUAGUGGGAGCAACUUUCGGGCUGAAAAGGAGCAGUGAGGCGCGGGACAGGCAAAGACGAUACAUGGACAGGCGGCGACAGUCUCAGCCCAUUGCUGAUCGCUCUGUUGGGUGCAUAUUCCGCAACCCUGCACCUCCCCUUGGUUCUGCUCCCUGCUCUAUCUCUUCUCCUCCUGUGGGUUCCUCACCUCCAGCCGGUUUAGCAGCAGCUGGUGCUUCCGCAGUUACUCUCCCUGCAUCUGCAGGUGCUCUAAUAGACCGGGCUGGGUUGAAAGGCCUGCAUGUUGGAGAUGCUUUUGUGUCGCCCAUGCAUGCUAAUUUUCUGGUGAAUGGUGGGGCGUGCAGUAGCGAGGAUAUGGAAGGGCUGAUUGUGGAGGUGAAAAGGAGGGUGAGAGAGGAAUUCGGGGUGGAACUUGUAGAAGAGGCCCCUCCCUCGUCCACUGAAGACGAGUCAGCCCCGGCUUCGCAACAAUCUACAAGCCUCCCAUCAUCAUUCACCGAAGCGAAGACUUCUCUUCUCGACGCUCUUAAAGCCGCAGUUAAGCCAGCACUCGCCGCGCUCCUAAUUUCCGCCGUCCUCGCCGCCGGCGCUCCGGACGCCGCACUCGCCGCGAUGGGCGGCGGAAGAAUCGGCGGAAGCGGCUUCGGCGCCUCCCGCAUGCGCUCCUACGCCCCACCCCCCUCCGCGCCCCGCGGCGGCGGAUACUCCUACAACGCUCCCCCCGUGAUCGUCGGCCCGUCCGUCCCGUUCUUCGCGCCGUCCCCGUUCUUCUUCUUCGGCCCUUCCAUCGCCUACGGCGGCGGCGGCGGCGGCGGGAUCUUUAAUCUCCUCGUUAUCGGGAUCGUAAUCUGGUUCGUGUCGCAGUCAGUUAUGGGGUUUCUGAGCUCCGCGCAGGAGGAGGGAGUGUGGCAGGAGACGCAGCGCAGCAGCGUGGUGAGGCUGCAGGUUGGGUUGCUAGGCUCUGCGAGGCGCCUGCAACGGGAUCUGGACCGGAUCGCGGAUCGCGCGGAUGCGAGCUCACCCGAGGGCCUUCAUUACAUCCUGCAAGAGACGGUGCUCGCGCUGCUGCGCAAUCCGGACUAUUGCAUCUACGGCUUCUCUUCUUCAGAGGUGAACAACGACUCAUAUGCGGGAGAGGCAGCUUUCAACCGCAUGAGCAUGGAGGAGCGGAGCAAGUUCAAGGAGGAGACACUGGUCAACGUGGACGGCAUCAGGCGGCGAAUCACGCGCAAGCCCAGCCAGGACCGCAUGAACUCCGAAUACAUUGUGGUGACAGUGCUGGCAGCAGCGGAGGGAACGUUUCGGCUACCGGAAAUAAAAUCUUCGAGUGAUUUGAGGGAAGCCCUGACUCGCCUCGGCUCUGUCCCUGCUGAUGAGCUUCAGGCUGUUGAAGUGCUCUGGACACCUCAAGAUGACGAGGACACUCUCACAGAGCUCGACCUGCUUGUUGACUUCCCUCGCCUGCGGCCGCUGUGA